AGUUUCAUGGUUUUUUUUAGAAUCAAGCUAUGUUUGUAUUGACAAACAUUAUCUAUGUAUUGUAAGGAAGUAUAUAGUUCCUAUAUAUAGUCACCUUAUAUUGUCUAUAAAUAAAUAUAUUAUAUAUAUAUCGGCUUCCUUGUAAACACACAAACAAAAUAUAUUCCAUAACUUUUUCUCAGUUAUGGAAGUUUAUGGUGUUUUGGUUUUUGCUUUGUGUUGUAUGCUGUUUUUCAAUGGUGUCGAGGUUGCCGUGGGGCUAAAAAGACGCGAAUCACCGUCAAAAGUGUCACAGCCUUACAGGACUGCAUAUCAUUUCCAGCCUUCAAAAAACUGGAUGAAUGAUCCUAAUGGACCAAUGUAUUAUAAGGGAAUCUACCAUUUUUUCUAUCAAUAUAAUCCCUAUGGUGCACUAUGGGGAAACAUUUCAUGGGCUCAUGCAAUAUCCUAUGAUCUUAUCAAUUGGGUACAUCUAGAUGUUGCUCUAGUCCCAAACGAGCCUUACGAUAUCAAUGGCUGCUUUUCUGGUUCCACCACGAUUCUUUCAAAUGGCGCACCAGCGAUCCUAUAUACAGGCAGUGACACCAAGAAAGGCCAAGUCCAAAACUUGGCAUUUCCUAAAAACAUCUCUGAUCCACUACUAAUUGAAUGGGUGAAAUCGUCGCAUAACCCUAUAUUAAGUGUUCCUGAUGGAAUUGACACGUCAUCAUAUAGAGAUCCAUCAACGGCUUGGAUGGGUGCAGAUGGAGAAUGGAGGGUUGUGAUUGGAAGUGAGAUGGACCAUCAUGGAUUAGCUAUUCUUUACAAAAGUAAAGAUUUUACUCAUUGGGUUAAGUCUUCGAGCCCUUUGCAUUUUUCAAACAAAACAAUGAUGUGGGAAUGUCCUGAUUUUUACCCAGUUAGCGUUAAGGAAAAAAACGGGCUAGAUACAUCCGUUGAAGGGGAAAAUAUUAGACAUGUUCUUAAAGCAAGUUUUAAUAGCCACGAUUAUUAUAUUUUGGGAGAUUAUGAUCCGAAAACUGACCACUAUAACGUUGAUAUUGACUUCAUGGAUAGUAAAGGGUCAUUACGGUAUGAUUAUGGGAGGUUUUAUGCAUCAAAAUCAUUUUAUGAUGCUGAGAAGAAGAGAAGGAUAUUAUGGUCAUGGAUUAAUGAAGGUGAUAGUGAAUCAGAUGAUACCAAAAAAGGCUGGUCUGGCCUUCAGUCAAUUCCUAGGAGCAUAUGGCUUAAUGAAAAGGGAGAUCAGCUGAUGCAGUGGCCCGUUAAGGAACUUGAAAACUUACAUACACGAAAAGUUCAUUUGGAGAAUAAACAACUCAAGGGUGGAUCCCUGAUCGAAAUUUCAGGAAUCACAGCUUCACAAGCUGAUGUAGAAGUGACGUUUAGUUUGUCGAAUCUCAAUGAAGCAGAGGUGUUGAGUUCAGAAGUAGUUGAUCCACAAAUUCUGUGUACACAAAAAAAUGCUUCGGUGAGUGGCAGAUUCGGGCCUUUUGGCUUGAUGGUUUUUGCUUCAGAGGACCUGAUUGAGCACACUGCUGUCUUCUUUCGUAUUUUUAAAAGUUCUAACGAUUUUCGAGUACUAAUGUGUGCUGACCAAAGCAGGUCAUCAUUGAGACCAAAGGUUGACAAAUCAAUAUACGGAGCUUUUCUGGCGCUUGAUCCUCGUCUAGCAAAGAUUUCUUUGAGAACCUUGAUAGAUCAUUCCAUUGUUGAAAGUUUUGGUGGAGAAGGGUUAGCGUGUAUUACAGCCAGAGUUUAUCCAAGCCUUGCUAUCAACGAUCAAGCACACAUUUAUGCAUUCAACAAUGGGAGUCAAAUUUUGAGCAUAUCGAGUUUAAGUGCUUGGAGCAUGAAGAAAGCUCAAAUUGUUCCCAUGGCCAAAAGAAGAAAGCCUAUCAAGUAAACGUUCCCAUUUAUGAUCAAUAUAUUGUGAAGAUCACAGUAUAGAUUCACUAGUUCAUGCUAUCUAUGCAAAAGCGCAAAGAAUUUUUUUAGAUAGACUAGAUAAAAUUCUCGGCCAUUUGGUUAAUUUGGAUCGAUAGGAUAGUUGCUCUCGACUUCGUAUGAACCACUUGUGUUGAUCAUUGGAAGGUUAGGUUCCUCUUUUGGACAAUCAUAUUGAAUAACAAUACUUUUCAAUUUUGAAGUAAAA